AAGAACGUCCACGCAACCACUCGGGACAAUUUGGUUCAACCUCAUUCUUUCUGUUUUUUCUUUCUUGGGAAACCAUGACAUUUAUCAUUUCUCUAUGAUGGAGAUCCACAUUUACUAAAACCUUGGAAGUCUCAGUGGAGGAUGGGCCUCGAGCGCCUGAAGAUUGUGCUGCUCUGUGCAGCUGCUGUGACGGUUUCUGCAGAUUUGAUGACAAACAUGCGCAGCCGGGCAGGCGUGUGGAGCAGCCGGAGCCUGCCAGAGCUGCGUGUGACACACACUGAAUCCUUAACCACGCCUUUGUUCAAGGGGAAGGAGGAACACGAACGCAGUUUGGAUCCUGAGAUGUUCUGUGGAAUCGAGUGUCAGAGCACUUUACCAUCGUUAGACCAAACCACGCAGGAGAGGAUUCUGGGAUAUGAGACUCUGCAUGAAAGUGGCGCUUGCACACACACUGACGUCAUUCUGCAGUGGAUCAAUGAGACUCUUGCACGGCGAAUGACUCCCUCAGCCGUUCACGCUCGCAAAAAACGUCAAGUUUACGGGGAAGACGGACGGUUUGUCAUCUCGGAUUCUCAGUUCGUCACCAGCUACCCUUUCUCCACGGCUGUUCGACUCUCUGCAGGUUGCUCUGGAGUCCUGGUUUCCCCCAAACACGUGUUGACGGCAGCACAUUGCAUCCAUGAUGGCGUGGAUUAUGUAGACGGCGCCAGGAAGCUUAAAGUUGGGGUGUUGAAGCUCAAGAAAAAAAGGGGGAAAAGAAGGAGAAGAGGAAAGGUUAAGAGAAGAUAUGAAGGCAGAAAGAGGAGAGGAGGGAAACGGGAUGGGAAGGGUUUUCUAAAACGAGAAAGAGGAAAACAAAAUGGCGUCAACCGCGUGCCGCGCAGUGUCGGAUCCAGAUCCCGAAUGCAGCCUGUCUUCCGCUGGACUUCUGUCAAACAAAUCCAACUCCCUCAGGGUUGGAUUCACACCAACAGCUCCCCGAUCUCCGUCUUCUCUGACUACGAUUACGCCCUCCUGGAGCUGAAACGUCCAGUCGCGCAGAAGCACAUGGAGCUCGGAGUGGCGCCCUCUGCUGCCCCGCUGGGACGGAUCCACUUCUCAAGCCAUGACGUCGACAAAAGCCUCCUGGACGGACUCGGAGAGAAGAACGUGGUUUAUCGUUUCUGCUCGGUGACGAAAGAGUCGGAGGAUUUGAUGUAUCAGCACUGUGACGCUCAGCGUGGAGCCACAGGGGCCGGGAUUUACAUCCGCCUGAGGCAGGAAGAGGGGGGAAAUGGAGGGAAAGCGAAGUGGCAGAGGAGGGUGAUCGGGGUGUUCUCAGGCCAUCGGUGGGUGCAGGUGGAGGAGGGUAAGAAAAGGGAUUACAACGUGGCGGUGAGGAUUACACCUCUCAAAUAUGCUCAGAUCUGCCUCUGGAUUCAUGGAGAUUCAAGUUUUUGUCAAAACUUUUAAACCAAGGAGUCGAAAGAAGAAAAUAAUGAAUAUUUUUUAUUUUCUUUUCCCUUAAAGUACAAUAAUGACAGUAUAAUUGUUGGUUUAUGUUAGAUGUGAUGAAACAUGUUUUUAUUGUAACAAAUUUUUAUGUCUUGCAUGCUUUGAAAUCUAUUUUUUCCCUUCAAAAUAAAGUCACUCCAUUAAACAAGGUUUUGACCCCUAAUGGAAUUAAAAAAAAAAAACUUGCAACAACUUUAGUUAAGUUUAGGGUAGCUGUGCUUAUAGAUCACCAUAAAGGUAUUUGUAAGGAAUUAAUGAGACCAUAAAGAAUAGAAUGAUCAUAAAGUAAAAAGAAUGUUCAUAAAAACAGAAUAGUAGCUAUACCUGAAUGCCUUAGCCUGUUUUAAUUUAUUGUUUUUGAUUAAUAUAACCAAGAAAAAACUUCCAAAUUCAAAAUAAACAGUCAAAUAUUGACAGACAGUCAGCAUAAUCCUAAAAUAGUAGUUAAACUUCAAAUUUGCCUAAGGAAUUUAAAAAAAAAGUCUAAUUUUGACAUCAGUCAAAGUGGCUAACAGAAAGUUAUGUCACAGUUGGUAAUGUCAAACUAAAAUAAAUAAAAAUAAAAA